UGAAACGUGACAGUAAAAAUAGGCUUUCCCCGCUGUCAGCGGAGCUUGCCGUUAGCGCUUUGUAACGUGAAAGCUGGAGGGGGGUCGCGGAAAUAAGCCACUAGUUUUGGCCGGGCCACGGAGCAAGCUCGCCGGCCUCCGAGUACCCAAAAAUGUCCCUUUACCGAAAGAUUUAGCCGUUAGCCGCCGCGAGCUUUGACACAACCGACUGUGAGCUUUGCUAGACAGCUAGCCGGAGGAGGCGGUGGAUGGUGGUGGAGGGGGGCGCCUCAUGUAAAACAACUGCUGCUAAGCUAAAAUAAUUUUUUAGCCGAAAAAAACAAAAACCAAAACCGGGGCCGCCAUGUUCGUCCAGGAGGAGAAGAUGUUCGCAGGUAAAGUGUUGAAGAUUCACAUCUGCACCGUGGACGGCGCCGAGUGGCUGGAGGACAUCCCGGAAGACAGCACGGUGGAGAAACUCAAGGAGAAGUGCUUGAAACAUUGUGCGCAUGGAAAUUUGGAUGACCCCAAGACACUGACCCACCACAAACUCAUCCACGUUGCCACAGAGCGAGUGCUCAGUGACACCAAAACAGUGGCGGAUGAAAGCCUCAAAGAUAAAGACAUUCUGCUGCUCAUAAAGAAAAGACCACCGCCAGCGCCUCCCAAAAUGGCGGAGGUGUGCGCUGAAGAAAAGAAAAAACACGACAACAAGGCCCCGGACAAGGACGCCAUCUUGAAAGCCACCGCCCACCUAAGCACUCGCCACUCGGACCGCAUUGUCACGCAGCACAACAUCAGAGACUUUCAGACGGAGCUCCGAAAGAUCCUGGUGUCCCUCAUCGAAGUGGCCCAGAAGCUUCUGGCCUUGAACCCCGACGCCGUGGACCUUUUCAAAAAGGCCAACGACAUGCUAGACGAGGACGAGGACGACCGCGUGGAUGAGGCGGCCCUUCAGCAACUCACCGAGAUGGGCUUCCCCGAGAGCAGAGCCGUCAAAGCUCUCAGACUCAACCACAUGUCGGUGACGCAGGCCAUGGAAUGGCUGAUCGAGCACGUCGACGACCCCUCCGUGGACACGCCGCUGCCCAGUCAAGAUGCUGCCGCUUCUUCUUCUUCUUCUGCUGCUUCUUCUUCUUCUGCUGCCGCCGCGACGGCCGGCGCCUCCGCUAACCCAAACUCGUCGGCUGCGGGCUCCUCCAAAACGCCUCCCUGCUCGUCGGCGCCGCGACGCAGCCUGUCCAGCACGGACGAGAGCGGCGGCGGCAAUCGAGCAGACGACCUCACAGAGAUUUUCAAGAGGAUUCGUAGGAAAAGGGAGUUCAGACCUGACUCGAGAGCGGUGUUCGCCCUGAUGGAGAUGGGCUUUGAGGAGAAGCAGGUGAUCGACGCGCUCAAAGUCAACAACAACCAGCAAGAUGCUGCGUGCGAGUGGCUGCUGGGAGACAAGAAGCCAUCUGCAGAGGACUUGGACAAAGGCAUCGACACCAACAGUCCGCUCUUCCAGGCCAUUCUGGAGAACCCUGUGGUCCAGUUGGGUUUAACCAACCCCAAGACUCUCCUCGCCUUCGAGGAUAUGCUGGAAAACCCGCUGAACAGCACCCAGUGGAUGAACGACCCCGAGACGGGCCCCGUCAUGCUCCAGAUAUCCAGAAUCUUCCAGACCCUCAAUCGCACAUAGGGGCGAGAACCCCACCCCUACGUGUGAAUGUGGCCGCUGCGUGUGUAAUUAAAGUUGUACCUUUACAGUAAAUAUUUAUAACAGUAAAGUAUAUGAAAAAAAAUAUUAUUACAGCGACGAUACAAAGUUCUAUUUACGAGCUUGUUUUUACAUUUUAACUAGAGCAAUUUCUAGUUAUUUUGCAAUAUCAUUGUUGCCACCAACAAACACACAAACGUGCAUGACCAACGUUUACGCCUCACCUUCGGCAUUGUGUAUUGUUACGUGUGUUUUUCUUUUUUAUUUGUUCAUUUGUAUUCUCUCUUUUAACCCUCCUGUUAUAUUCACAAAGGAGUAUUAGGGCCACAAUGAAAAGAAAGAUCAAAUUUCAUCUUUGAGAUUAACAGUAACAUUUUUAACCUUGUUCUCACUGGUUUUUAAGUGCAAGACAAAACAAUUACAUGCAGUUUGACAAUUGAACACACUUGCCUUUGUUGACUACUUCCAUGGCAAACAAAAGUAAUCAUGAGACACAACACAUCCUGUUUAUACAGAAACAAAAAAUAUUGAUCGACUGGAUCAUCCAUGGAAUUACUUUUUUUCCCCAAGUCUUGAAAGGGGGGGGAACAAAUAUUUAAACAUUUGUAUAUUUUAGGAGAUGAGCACACAGUCUAAAAUUGAAUCUGCUCUGCACACUUAAAUGUUCUUUCACUUCAAUUGAACGCUUUGUUUAAUGACAGGAGGGUUAAAGGCACACGAACGAGCUGGCCUAGAAUGCACAGUACGUUCCGCCUUGUCCGGAGCAAGCCAUGGCUAACCUGUAAAGAACAAAAAGUCCCUUUUGUUUGGAGGACGUGGGACAAACAUGGAUAUUAUGAAAAAAGGGGGGUGAAGAACGAUUGGCCUUCUUAACUUGUGAAUGCGCUUGUCCAACUACUGCUACGUUUGAGUUUCCCAUUCUUGUGCAAAGCCCAGCAGAAGAGCAACAUUCCCAACAAGCUGUUAUAUAACACUUAUGGAUUUCCAUUUUCCAAGAACGUCCACGUCUUUGCCUCUCUGUGACUCCUCCUCCAGUCCCUGCCCCUGCUGAUGACAGAAAAAACCAGUGGCGUCUGAAUUUUAAAACGUGAACUGCCGUGGUUAGAGAACAAGUUAUGCAAAACGUACUAAAGCGUUGAACUGUUGGAUGUUUUCAUUCAAAAGUUUACAAAUUAAGUUGACCUGUAAAGGUGAAAUUGCUCAUUUCAGAUUUAUCCUGAGUUGUCGCCACAAAGUCCAAUAUUAAGACAUUUGUAAGGAGUGCGUUUGUGUGUGUAGGACAAUGUCGACGGUUACUCUUCUUAUUUAUAUGAAAAGAAAAUUAUUUAUAACAAGCCCGUCUUUGAAUGUGAAGAAAAAUGAAAAUGGUUUGAAUCGUCGCGUCUAUCAUUAACACUUUGUUAAUUCAAACACGA